AUGCUCCCAGGGAAAGCAGACGAAUUCGCACAUGCCCCGGAGGGCAUAGAAGAACUAGGCUAUACGAUGGACGAGCGACAUAGCCAUGGUCACGAGGCUAGGGAUCGACAGCGCCGGGGAUCCAUCUCUUCCAAGAAGGCGACUGGGAGUUGGACGAGUUCGGUGUAUCUGAAUCCGAAGUAUUUGUUGAAGGAGGUUGGGUCGAGGCGCAAGCGGUUCAGUAAGAGUAUCUGGGGCGUCCUUGUCUUCUAUGUCAUCCUGCUGUGCCUGUGCGUUGUGGCGUUCGCUGUGGUGUCGAGGUUGUACGAGAGGAUGAUGUUGAGGGUUUAUACACCACAACGAGUCAUACCUCUGGCAGCUCCUGCCCGACCGUUGGACAAGUUCUACUCUGAUUCCCUCGAAUGUUUUGGGACACCCGUGCGCAACACCAAUCUCCAGAUCAUCCCUGUGUCAGACGAGGGAGACCACAGCUUCAACCUUGUCGGGGGAGCGUUCGCCGAAGUCACGUUAGCCAGUUCGCCAGACUCCCAAGAGAAGAACGUUGUGUACGACAUGACUCUGGGCGGAAAGGAAACACCCGCAGUGUCCUUCGAUUACACCUCCGCACCGAACACUCCCACUUCAGUCACAAAUGGUUCUUUCUUCAACGUCUCCACCCCUCUGAACACGGAAGAGUCCACCGAAACCCAGUGCACUUGGACGAGGAUCACCAUCUUCAUCCCUCGCUCCCUGAAGAAGCUCAGUAUCUUCGCUGAUGCGAAUGCUCAGAUGACAGUCUCCCCAGGCGCCCAUAUCGAGUUGGACGAGCUGGUCAUUGACCUUGUAUCACAGGGAAGACACGACAGUGUGCUCAACUUCCGCGAAUCUCUUCAAGCCAGAAACCUCUCCAUUCGAUCCGAAGGGUGGAUAUCAGGCAGCCUCUCCCUCGUGGACAACCUCUCGAUAUCGCAGAAUACGAACAAACCGACUAAGCUCGACAUCGUGCCCUCCGCUCCUUUGGACAUGUCCUCACCCAGUCCAGCGGUGUUGGAAACUCGCACUUCGGGAGGCGACAUGGAUUUGACGUACCGACCAGCGAAAGAAUACCGACGCCGUCCCAUUCGUAGUUCGCAUGUUUCGACGUCGCCGGAGGGAGAAACAGUGCUCCGCUACGCCCCUGCCAAUUUCUCUGGACCGCUGGCCUUGCAGUACUCCAGUUUGGAUAUCCCAGAGUUCUCGAUUCCGUUGGAGGAGGGAGUAGAUGUAGAAGGGAAAGACUGGACGCACUACUACGGUGCUCGGGAUGGUGUUGAUACCCUGCAGUAUACCCCUAUUAGUCCCGCGUAA